GGUUCAAAUCAGAGUUCCAUUCAGGCGGGCUAGCGAAACGCGUGCCUUACCAGUAGGUUAAGCAAGAAGAUCACGUAAGAAUGAACCGAUCUCAUCAGCACCUUAGUAUUCCUUACUAAACACUAAGUAAACAUAACUUACCCCACGAAACUCCGUUGCAGUCCGGAUUACGUAGUAGUACCCCACCGUGUUCUACAUAACUAUCGCAUUCAAUCCUACACCAUCCCUCUCUUUUUUGAUACAAGAAAAUUGAAGAUACUAUUCAGGGUAUAGAAAACAGAAAUGCCCGUCCCCAGGUGCUUCAUAGUCCGCCACGGCGAAACAGAAUGGUCUCUCAAUGGCCGACACACGGGCACAACGGACAUCCCGCUCACAGCCAACGGAGAAAAGCGAGUGAAAGCUACAGGCAAAGCGCUUGUUGGCGAUGAUCGAUUAAUAGCGCCUAAGCGAUUGAAUCAUGUCUAUGUAUCACCCCGAAAACGAGCUCAGCGAACAUUCGAAUUACUCCAAAUCGGAUGCAAGGAACGACUACCCUGGAUUGAAUCGGAGAGUAGUUGUAGUUUCGAACAACCAAUCGCAACGGAAGCCAAUAUUGAGAUCACGGACGCCAUUCGCGAAUGGGAUUAUGGUGACUAUGAAGGAUUGACAAGUCCCGAGAUCAGGGAGCUUAGAGCCAAGCAAGGAUUGGGGAAAUGGGAUAUUUGGAGAGAUGGGUGUCCCGGAGGAGAAUCCCCCGAAGACAUCUGUCGCCGUCUAGACGCCUUCAUCGCCAAUCUCCGCGAAAAAAAUCAUAAACACUGUUUCGGAUCUCCCGACAAUCACGAGAAAGGUGAUGUCUUGGUCGUGGCGCAUGGUCACAUCUUGCGCGCCCUUGCGAUUCGUUGGGUUGGGAAACCCUUAACUGAGACCGCACUCAUUCUUGAAGCUGGUGGUGUUGGAACAUUGAGUUAUGAGCAUCACAACAUCGAAGAACCAGCCAUUAUCCUUGGUGGUGCGUUCGUUGUAGAAGAUUAAGACUGACCGACUGGCGCGCGUCGUUAGCUUCCUCAAGCAUAGCCUCCUUGUCACAAUGCCAAUACAUAACUCCUUCUCAGAUUCUUUCCCUUCGUAGAUGCAACGAAAUUAAUCCUUCUUAUCCCCCUCCUCCC